AUGCUCUAGCCUCGCCACUUACUUUUAAACAAGGCGUACUCGUCUUUUUUCCUUCUCUUACUGAACACUUUCUCCUUCUCAUAAUAUUUAAUCAUCAUGGUUUUUCCGAUCCCUCUUAGUGAUUAUCGCGUCGUCGUGGGCAUCGAUUUCGGUACCACUUAUAGUGGCGCUGCGUAUGGUAUCAUUUCAUCACAAGACGUUACAGACAUUACAACAUGGCCAAAACAGUCGGGUUUUAGGUAUCCAAAGGCUCCAACAAUUAGUUUGUACAACGGUGAUACUAGAACUUUGGCCGCAUGGGGUAACGCUGCGCGUUUGGAACGACAAAAAGCACCAUCGAAAACCAACUACUUGCUGCUGCAGCAGUACAAACUGUACCUUGACGAUAGCUUGAAUGGCGUCUUCAAACCGAUCCCCGGUGGUUUCAAGCCCGUGAAUGUGAUUGCAGAUUACCUCCGUGAGUUCCACAAUAACGUAUUAGCUGAAAUGAAGAAAGGCUUCGCACAACAAUUUGAGGGUCGCUAUCGUUACUGUAUUACAGUUCCCGCAAUGUGGUCCGAUAAAUCAAAACAAGCCAUGCGUGAUGCUGCUAUUCUUGCUGGAAUUAUAAAUGAGGACGACCACCACGAUCGUUUAAUGCUUAUUUCGGAACCCGAGGCAGCAGCAAUCUAUUGUGAACAGACCUGCGAGCAAUUUGAUAUGGAGGAUGGUGAUGAAUUUAUGAUCUGUGAUGCAGGCGGCGGUACGGUUGAUUUGAUCGUUUUCAACGUAAAGAUGGAUGCGGAUGGCAAUCGUCAGUUCAAGGAGAGUACAAAGGGCAUGGGAAAGUCGUGUGGCUCUGCCUUUGUUGACAAACGCAUGCGCAAACUCUUGCGGAGUAAACUCAAGAAGCUUGUGGAUCCUAUUCCCCCAGCCGCAUUGGAAACCAUGAUGGAAAACUUCAUCGAUACCCUGAAACCCUCAUUCGACGGAAGCGACGCUCUAUUUAUGAACCUCCCCAUGAACCUGGGCAUCACCGAGCACACAAAUCCCGAAAUCGGAUUAGAUGAAGGUGUGCUGCGCUUCUCUGUUGAGGAGCUCAAGGAAAAGGUGUUCGAGCCUGUGGUACAAGAAGUUCUUGCACUCAUCCACAAGCAAAAACAACAAACACACAAUCUUAAGGCCAUUUUUACUGUCGGUGGUUUUGGCGCCUCUCAUUAUUUACAGAGUCGGAUCACGGAGGAAUACAAGAGAUACAACAUCAAGGUUGUCACGCCCUAUCGCGCAGAACUCGCCGUUGCCCGUGGUGCCGCUUAUUUUGGCAUGAACCCUACCAAGGUGACCACACGUGUACCAAGAUACUGGUACGGCAUCGACAUUACCAACACCUUUGUGGAAGGAGUUGAUCCUGAAGAGUACAAAAUCGUAAGAAGGGAUGGAAGUAUCCGAUGUGACAAUCGAUUUUCAGUUUUCGUUCGACGCGGAGAGCCGCUAGACAACGAUAGCUGUGUAACCCAAAAAUACACCACAUUUUAUCCCUGCCCCACGGAAUGUACUUUUUUUGCAGCCAAUACCGAAGACGAGCCUCGGUACACCCUGCAAUCUGGUGUGCGAAAGGUAUUUCACUUUGAAAUUCCCAUGCCAGAGUUACCAGAUGCUGUGGAAGGAGAGCAAAUCGAGCUGAUUAUUAAGAUGUAUUUCGGAGAAGUUGAAUUACGCGUAGAGGCAGUCAUUCGCGGACAGACUUAUCGAGUUGUCUGUAACUUUAACGUAUAACAACAUAUCUAAACCACCAUACCAUCUUAAUUCCACAAUAACAAAAAGAAGAAACCCCCUGUAUCUGUAAUUAUAGCUCUUAUCAAAUAAUCAUUAUUGGCAACAAACUGUAGUCAGUUGACACCUGCAUUCAUAGAGAUACAUCUGUUCAUCGAUGCAUAAUGCUGUUACGGCUGGAUCGCUUUCAAAUAUGACCAUUAUGCUCAAAUCUGAACGGGGCUUAGCAAAUCAUGCUAGUUUCUUUUACAGGCCUAUAGACACUUCUUGUAGGCACGUUA